AAACAGACACAACACAAGUUGAGGCGAACGGAAAGGCGGUCACAUUUCCUACUCACCUGCAAACGUGAUUGAUGUGGGUGUUUGUAUCAGUGGGUGUGUAUGUCAUGCCUGACACUGUGUUCGCGGAUAUGCUGACUCCACUUUCUUGGAAUUCAUGAGAAUCGUUUAAUCUUCGCUCGUGCAACAUCACGCGCGCUCCAGCCGAAGUCCAGCACCCAGAGCGCAGAAGGUAUCCAGGUGUCUUUGAGGAGACAAGUCUGUCUAACUCAGCUCUGUCAGAGAAGAAGUGACACCUGCACACCUACUCUACAGUUUACUGGGCAAAACUUUACGCGAUUUGGACACGUUUCCAUCACCGCUUCCCAGUUUUAUUUUUGCGCUCUAUGGAGCAGGUGCUUUGCGCAAAACAAUUUCUUCACUUUCUCGUCUGUCUCAAAAAGACUUUUGCUGCAGUCUAGUGACAUUCACAGACGUCUGUCGUCAACUUUGUUUCGAAGUCUUCAACAUCAACAAGAGAAAUGGAUAACAGCCCAGGCGGUGCAGGAGGUGGAGGAGUCAUCCUGUAUGCGGGCUCCUCUGGCAGUUCCAGUCCGAGCCCUGGCAGCCCCUCCAGCGGGUACCAGACACAGUCGCCCUCUUCACACUCCCAGCCAUCAUCUCCAGAGGAGGUUACCUUCACAGAGAUCGGGGCGCUAAAACAGCGAGCAGCCGGAUGCAACACUCCUUCCUCCAAACUGGUGUUCCAGUUCCCAGAGGUCUACAGUGGGCCCACAGCAGCAGCUACUCCGCAGCAUUCCUAUGCGCACCCCAUCGCGGGAAAGAGGCCAUGUGGAUUCACAGGGACCUUCACCAAGACAGGUGGAAUGGUCCUGCUUUGCAAAGUCUGUGGGGACAUCGCAUCUGGUUUCCACUAUGGAGUACAUGCAUGUGAGGGUUGCAAGGGCUUUUUCCGCCGCAGCAUCCAGCAGAACAUCAACUACAAGAUGUGUGUGAAGAAUGAGAACUGUCUGAUCAUGCGCAUGAACCGCAACCGGUGCCAGCACUGCCGUUUCAAGAAAUGCCUCUCUGUUGGCAUGUCAAGAGAUGCCGUGCGUUUUGGCCGUAUCCCUAAGAGAGAGAAGCAGCGACUUCUGGAUGAGAUGCAGAGCUACAUGAACAGCCUAAAUGAGUCGGCUGCCAUCGAGAUGGACCCAUCACCAGUGAGGGAGAAUCCCACCAGUACAGACGAAGGCAACUCAAAAGAGGCCAUCGGGGCCAUUUCCAGAGCCUAUCGUGACAUCUUCACCAGCAACAGCAGCACCCAGGAGAGACCAUCCAAGAGGGCCAACAUCUCCACCACCAACAACACAUCUCACUUUUCUCACGAUGGUGGUUUUCCUCCGGUCUCAUCUCACCCCACCCCAACCCAGAGUUAUCAGUCUUGCCCUGUUGCCCCUGCCAGUCUUUGCCCAGUUGCCUCUAAUGAAAACCAACCUUCAUUUCACAAUGUGGACAACAAUCGGUAUUCCUACUUAGUGUCAACAAAUCAGAAUCAUAGCCAGUCCAAUGCUGCAACACCUCAAAGGGGCAUCUCUGCCAAUCAUAACAGCUUUCGCAAUGCAGGAAGUGCCCACAGUCAGCCUUCCUGCCCAUGGAAACUACCUCCAGGAGCUAAAGUGCUGGCCUGUCCUCUCAAUGCGUGCCCUGUAUCAGGGGCAGAGCGCUCAAGUCAGGAGAUAUGGGAGUCCUUCUCUCAGUGUUUUACCCCUGCUGUCAAGGAAGUGGUAGAGUUUGCCAAGGGUAUCCCAGGAUUUCAAGAGCUGAGCCAGCAGGAUCAGGUCAUGCUGCUAAAAUCAGGCACCUUCCAGGUCCUGAUGGUGAGGUUCUGCAGCUUGUUCAAUGCGGAAGACCGUACGGUGACCUUCCUGAAUGGCCAAACUUACCCCCUGUCCACCCUGCGUGCCUUAGGCAUGGGCUCUCUGCUGGACGCAAUGUUUGAAUUCAGUGAGAAGCUGGGCUCCCUGGGGCUAGAGCCUGAUGAAAUGGCCCUUUUCAUGGCUGUGGUGCUGGUCUCUGCAGACCGUUUUGGCAUCUCGGAUAUGCGGGCUGUGGAGCAGCUACAGGAGGGUCUGAUCCGCGCCCUGCGAUCGCUGAUCACUCGCCGCCGCCCAGAUGACACUGCCCUCUUCCCUAAACUCCUCCUGCGCCUGCCAGACCUCCGCACCCUCAACAAUCUGCACUCCGACAAACUGUUGGCCUUUCGCAUUGACCCUUGAGCAGCCCGCUCGCUCACAGAGCACACAGACUGUUUUACACAGAAAUACACAAAACACACACACAGAUAUUAUCUUCCAUGGGCAGGACUUCCUUCAACAUUGAGGAACACGGAAUUGUGCAAUCUAAAGAGUGUUUCUGAAAAGGAUAAAUGACGGCAGUGACCAUAUUUUUGACUCACUAUUGAUCUUCAUGCAAUGUUUUCAGAAAAAAAACAUACAUACACAUACAAACUCAUGUACACACAUAAACCUAAACACCUCUUAAGUAACAUUGUUCCUGUAAAAAAAAAAAAAAAAAGAAUUAAAAAAAAAAAAAUCAUUGUGUAGAGUUACUAUUACCGUUUUGGACAAAUCAUUUGUGCACUUUGUCAUUAUAUCCAGUGUACUUAAGAAUAAAAGCCAGUUCACUUCUGUUUAUUCCAGUAGUUGUACAGUAUCAACAGACCAUCACUUAGCAGCAGCUGAAAGAUGGAUAUUGUAGUUUGAAACAGUUAUUUCUUAGGGACCAUUGGUAAUGAAUGACUAUGUGUCAGUUGGUGUUAAAAAGAAAAGGGAACAUGUAUAUAAUGCAUAGUGAAACCUGAAAUAAUAAGGCAAUCGUGUAUCACUAUUUCACAAACAUACCAUCUGCAUCAGUACUGGAAUGAGACCACUAUUUUAAUGUGUCACUUUUACACAAUAGGAUGCAUUCAGUCUCUUGCCAAUUUCUGACUAAUCUUCCAGGAAACAUUUGGCUCAUUGGGUUUAAACAUGCCAACUUCAUAAGUCAAUGGCAUUUUAUAUUAUUUCACAAAAACAUCAUGUCUGUGUCACUGUGUCGUAUUUCACCUGGAUUGAUGGAGAGAGAGCUCCAUGCACAUUGGGUUUUGUAGUUCCUUUAUUUUUUUUUCUGUUUGUUAUUGCUGUAAAUAUUAUGUUACUCAAAUGUCUAAGUAUCAAUUACAGAACUGAUAUGAUGGAUUGGACAUAUGAGUUUGGUGUAAAGACGAAUGUAUUGACCUUCUUGUAUUAAGUGGGGGGGUCUGGCCAAGGGGGCUUUGCACAGGAGAAUGUGUAGUAGGGAUUCUCAGACGGCUUAGACACACUUCCUGCUAAUAGAUGAUGUAACCGACCAGCAUAAUCCCUGAAAUCACCAGCACUCACUCCACAUGCACCCUUCCUCUGCCCCCAAUGUUUGUCAUACAAACACAAGAGAUAUUUUUGGGUGAGAGAUCUCAUUUGAUUGGUCCUCUCACUGUUAGCUUGUUUGAUUAUGGCUGAUUGAGCACAUCUUGUACAUUUUGUAAAUUUUUCUUCCUAAAUAGAAAUUAUACAAUGAUAUAAAGUUCAAAUUAUGUAUUA